GCCCUCCCUCUCGACCUGCAGCCGCGGGGCGGCAUGAGGAGAGCCGGGGGCGGCUGGCGGGGCCGCAGCUGAGGCGCGGCGGCGGGGAGCCGCCAUGUCGCUCCUGUGCGUGCGAGUAAAAAAAGCUAAACUGCAAGGACCUCCAGAUAAAUUCAAUACGUAUGUGACCCUGAAAGUGCAAAAUGUGAAGAGCACAACAGUAGCAGUGCGAGGUGACCAACCAUGCUGGGAACAGGACUUCAUGUUUGAGAUCAGUCGGCUGGACCUGGGCCUAAUUGUCGAAGUAUGGAACAAAGGACUUAUCUGGGACACGCUGGUUGGGACCGUGUGGAUUGCUUUGAAAGCCAUUCGCCAAUCUGAUGAGGAAGGUCCUGGGGAGUGGUCUACAUUAGAGGCAGAAGUUGUAAUGAAACGUGAUGAAAUCUGUGGAACCAAAAACCCGACUCCUCAUAGAAUUUUGCUGGACACAAGAUUUGAACUACCUUUUGAUAUCCCUGAAGAGGAAGCCAGAUAUUGGACCAGAAAAUUAGAACAAAUAAAUUCACUGGGAGAUGAUGAGUAUUCCUUUCAGGAGGAGGUCCAGAAGAAACCGUUGCCCAGUGCUGCCUCCCAGUGUUCCUUUGAAGAUGCUGACAGUGCUGUGGAUGAUCGAGACAGUGACUAUCGCAGUGAGACCAGCAACAGCAUUCCUCCUCCGUACCACACGACCGCGCAGCCCAAUGCCUCAGUGCACCAGUUCACCGUCCCAUCACGCCUGCAGCAGCAAGGAGUCUUGCGGGAUUCCUGUGCUGACUCCCUGCAGAAUUAUGAUGUGGAUUAUCGGGAGCACGUGGCCAUCAGGCGAUAUGGUAGCAUAGACUCCAUUGUGAGUGGCCGAACUGACCUAGAGUCCACAUCUGAGUCUAGUCAAAUGACAAGCCGCCAGUGCUCGCUAGAGAGCAGGCACUCUCUAGAUCUGUCUGAUAGUCCUGCUGGCAGUAGUAGAUAUGGCUCCUCUUGUAAUGUCAGCCAGGGAAGCUCUCACCUGAGUGAGCUGGAUCAUUCCCAUGAAAGCGCCCAUGGCUCUGAGCAAGAUGAUGAACAUCAGGAACGAGAGUCAAAUUACUCCCACCACAGUUUGGUCAGCUACCAUAAGGACAGUCAGACAUGGCUCAAGGAGCAAGAGGAGCCUCGCAGCAAAGGAGAGGAGGAGAUCUCUGAGACAGAGGGGAAGCAUGCAGAUCAUUCUACAGCUAAGUUACCCCUGGAACUUGACAAGUCCAAGGAUGUUGAUGCGGCAGCCCAAGUGAGGUACCACGGUGACAACGAACCACCACCAUUUUCUCCAGCGAGAGCCCAUUGGAUUCGAGCCAUUAACAAAGUUCGAAUGCAGCUUCAAGAGGGUCAAGAUGAGGCUGAUCCCUCAAAACCACCCUGGCUCAAAGGAGGGCCUGCAGGUGGUCUCUAUGGCAUUGACAGCAUGCCCGAUCUACGCAAAAAAAAGCCAAUCCCACUUGUCAGUGAUCUGGCCAUGUCACUGGUUCAGUCCCGGAAAGCCGGAAUUACCUCAGCAAUGGCCACCAGAACAUCUCUCAAAGAUGAAGAGCUGAAAUCUCAUGUCUAUAAGAAGACCUUGCAAGCCUUAAUUUACCCUAUCUCUUGUACAACCCCACACAACUUUGAAGUAUGGACAGCCACAACUCCUACCUACUGCUAUGAAUGUGAGGGGCUGUUGUGGGGUAUUGCACGGCAGGGAAUGCGCUGCGCUGAAUGUGGAGUCAAGUGCCAUGAGAAGUGCCAAGACUUGCUCAACGCUGACUGCUUACAGAGAGCAGCAGAGAAGAGCUCAAAGCAUGGAGCUGAGGAUCGAACCCAGAAUUUCAUCAUGGCCAUGAAGGAUCGCAUGAAAAUCCGUGAGCGGAACAAGCCAGAGAUCUUUGACUUGAUCAGAGAUGUGUUCUGUGAGAGCAAAUUGACACAUGCUCAGCAAAUGAAGACAGUGAAGCAAAGUGUGCUCGAUGGCACCUCAAAAUGGUCAGCAAAGAUCACGAUCACAGUGGUGUGUGCUCAGGGUCUACAGGCCAAAGACAAGACUGGUUCCAGCGAUCCGUAUGUAACUGUUCAAGUGGGUAAAACAAAGAAGAGGACAAAAACAAUUUUUGGGAAUUUGAAUCCUGUGUGGGAAGAGAAGUUUUAUUUUGAGUGCCAUAAUUCCUCCGACCGGAUCAAGGUGCGAGUGUGGGAUGAGGACGACGACAUCAAGUCUCGAGUCAAACAGAGGCUGAAGCGUGAGUCGGAUGAUUUCCUGGGGCAGACAAUCAUUGAAGUCCGUACACUGAGCGGAGAAAUGGAUGUGUGGUACAACCUUGAGAAAAGAACAGAUAAGUCUGCAGUGUCUGGGGCCAUCCGUCUGCAAAUCAAUGUGGAGAUCAAAGGCGAGGAGAAGGUGGCUCCAUAUCACAUUCAGUACACUUGCCUUCAUGAGAACCUCUUUCACCAUCUCACAGAUGUGCAAGGGAAUGGGGUGGUGAAGAUCCCCGAUGCCAAAGGAGAUGAUGCCUGGAAGGUGUAUUUUGAUGAGACAGCUCAAGAGAUUGUGGAUGAAUUUGCAAUGCGCUACGGCAUUGAAUCAAUAUACCAGGCCAUGACGCAUUUUGCGUGUCUUUCUUCCAAAUACAUGUGCCCAGGUGUACCAGCUGUGAUGAGCACCUUACUUGCCAAUAUCAACGCUUACUAUGCGCACACAACUGCCUCCACAAACGUGUCUGCUUCAGACCGCUUUGCAGCCUCCAAUUUUGGGAAAGAACGAUUUGUUAAGCUACUGGACCAGCUUCAUAACUCACUUCGGAUCGAUCUCUCCAUGUAUAGGAAUAACUUCCCAGCCAGCAGCCGGGAACGGCUGCAGGACCUGAAGUCUACAGUGGAUUUGCUGACCAGCAUCACUUUUUUCAGGAUGAAGGUUCAAGAGCUUCAGAGUCCUCCUCGAGCCAGCCAGGUAGUGAAGGACUGUGUAAAAGCCUGUCUCAACUCCACAUACGAGUACAUUUUCAACAACUGUCAUGAACUGUACAGUCGCGAGUACCAGACAGAUCCUAACAAAAAUCAGGAUCUUCCUCCUGAGGAACAGGGUCCCAGUAUCAGGAACUUGGACUUCUGGCCCAAACUCAUCACUUUGAUAGUUUCCAUCAUAGAGGAGGACAAGAAUUCUUACACCCCAGUACUGAAUCAGUUUCCUCAGGAGCUUGCUGUUGGUAAGAUCAGUGCAGAGGUGAUGUGGAGUCUUUUUGCCCAGGAUAUGAAAUACGCCAUGGAAGAGCACGAGAAACACAGACUGUGUAAGAGCGCGGACUAUAUGAAUUUACACUUCAAAGUGAAGUGGCUGUACAACGAAUAUGUUCGUGAUCUGCCUGCCUUCAAGGGAAAAGUGCCUGAAUAUCCAGCGUGGUUUGAGCAGUUUGUGAUGCAGUGGCUGGAUGAAAAUGAAGAUGUUUCCUUAGAGUUCCUGCAUGGUGCUCUAGAGAGAGAUAAGAAAGAUGGGUUCCAGCAAACAUCUGAGCAUGCUCUAUUCUCUUGCUCAGUGGUGGAUGUCUUCACUCAACUAAAUCAGAGCUUUGAGAUCAUUAAGAAGUUGGAGUGCCCAGACCCUGUCAUUGUUGCUCAUUAUAAUAGGAGGUUUGCUAAGACUAUUGGGAAAGUGCUGAUGCAGUAUGCUGACAUCCUCUCCAAGAGCUUCCAGUCCUACUGUUCCAAGGAGAAACUGCCCUGCAUCCUGAUGAAUAACAUCCAGCAGCUGAGAGUGCAGCUAGAGAAGAUGUUUGAAGCCAUGGGUGGUAAAGAGCUGGAUGUAGAAGCAAGUGACCAUCUCAAAGAGCUCCAGGUGAAGCUGAAUAACGUUUUGGAUGAACUGAGUGCAGUGUUUGGUAACAGCUUUCAGACUCGUAUUGAUGAGUGCGUCAAGCAGAUGUCUGAUAUCCUCUGUCAAGUGAAAGGGACAGGAAAUGUUGCUGCUAAUGCCAGAAACACGGUUGCACAAGAUGCAGAUAACGUCCUGAGGCCAUUAAUGGAUUUCCUGGAUGGAAACCUGACACUGUUUGCAACUGUGUGUGAAAAGACAGUGCUAAAACGAGUGCUGAAAGAGCUCUGGAGGGUGGUAAUGAAUACCAUGGAGAAGCUGAUUGUGCUGCCUCCUCUUACAGACCAUACGGGCACACAGUUGAUUUUCAGUGCUGCUAAAGAACUGGGACACUUGUCAAAGUUGAAGGAUCAUAUGGUGAGAGAAGAAACCAGGAGCCUCACUCCCAAGCAAUGUGCUGUUUUGGAUCUAGCACUGGAUACCAUCAAACAAUAUUUCCAUGCUGGCGGGAAUGGACUGAAGAAAACUUUCUUGGAGAAGAGUCCCGACCUGCAGUCACUUCGAUAUGCUCUUUCUCUCUACACUCAGACCACAGACACUCUCAUCAAAACUUUUGUCCAGACGCAGACAGCUCAGGUGCAUGAUGGGAAAGGUAUUAGGUUUACGGCUAAUGAGGACGUUCUUCCUGAUAAGGCCUCUGGUGUGGAUGACCCUGUGGGUGAAGUGUCCAUACAGAUCGACCUGUAUACCCAUCCAGGAACUGGGGAACACAAGGUCACAGUGAAAGUUGUGGCAGCCAACGACCUGAAGUGGCAGACAUCAGGCAUGUUCCGUCCAUUCGUUGAAAUCACCAUGAUUGGGCCUCACCAGAGUGACAAGAAGAGGAAGUUCACAACCAAGUCAAAAAGCAACAACUGGGCUCCCAAAUACAAUGAAACCUUUCACUUCAUACUGGGGAACGAGGAUGGCCCUGAUGCCUACGAGCUCCAAGUUUGUGUGAAGGACUACUGCUUUGCUCGGGAGGAUCGGGUGCUUGGCAUAGCAGUGAUGCAGCUCAGAGACAUAGCAGACAAAGGAAGCUGUGCUUGCUGGUGCCCUCUGGGGCGCAGGAUUCACAUGGAUGAGACUGGACUUACAGUCCUGAGGAUUCUUUCCCAAAGAACCAACGAUGAGGUUGCAAAAGAAUUUGUGAAGUUGAAAUCUGAGUCCCGUUCCACUGAGGAAGGCACCUGAGCUGAGCUGUGUGGUCUUUCCUUUUCUCUUCUGCCUCGUGCCAAUAUGUGCAAGUGUUCAACAGUCCUCUUUUAUUAAUUACAAAAGGUUUUUUCAUGUUAUCUUUGUCAGCUCCAAUAGCGCACGUGUGCCGUAGAGGAAACAAAUCCAUCAAUCUGAUGUGAAUUAUUUAUUUUUUAGUAGCUGGAUAAGACAUCGUAGAGAACAAGACAAUCUCUUCCUAUUUAAGAUGCAAAUUCUGCUUUGUGUAUAUAAAUUAUUUUAUAUUGCAGGCUGGGUAUGCUGGGUUUUGUUGAUACGCAGCACUGUGAUUUUAUCCUCUGAAACUGGCAGACGUUAAAAAGGUUCUGCAUAAUCACACUACGAAACAAACCAACUGCAUGGAAAUUGGGAGAGUGAUUUGGGGGUUUGGCAAAACACAGUUAUCUCAUUGAAUUCAUGUGCUGUGGAGCUGCCAAAGGGUGUUCCUGCACAGAGUGCACUAGUGUCUCAAUCUGUUACGCAGACACCUCAACGUCUGCUUAAAAAAAGAAGUUGCAAAUUGCUCUGGAGAUGUACCCCAAAUGAAUGUACAGCUGUGGAUGUGCUGCUGUGAGCAUGAACAUGACCAGUGGAACAAGUGCAGAGGGCCUAAGAUCUUAUAGCCAAAAACUGCAAAGGCAACACACCAGGAGCAGGAUGCAGCUGCCCUGCAUUGUAACUAGAUGCUGUGUUGUAGAGAAUAUAAAAUCCCCACGUGCUGCUGGGAAUCCUGCAUCACCAUGUGGGUGCUGUAAGCUGCUGAGCUCCACGAGUCACACUUUGACUACCAUGACCAACCUGAUAAGGAAGGGAACAACAUCACAGCCAUUACAAAUAAUACGGCUACUAUUUACUUUUUCCACUUCAAUAUUCUUUUGUUAGGGAGUUGCUCUGGUUUUGUUUGGUUGGUUGUGGUUUUUUUUUUGUUGUUCUGUUUUGUUUUAUUUCUUUUUUAUAAUUUAAUACUUGCAGGUUUUCUGUAGCAUUUUGUUACCCUGGAGGCCAUUCCUCCUCAUAAACCCAGAAAUAAUGGCUUGGAAGAGAACUACACGUCUCCCCUCUGCAUGCACUCACCCUUUUAAGUGCAGGUGGAGGGGCAGCAGGUCUGUUUGGUUCUGAUCUUGAAGCUGCUGCUGGCCAUGCCGUGGUUGAUCCAUGUUGAUCGUCAUUAAUCUGUGAUUUAAUGAUACAGUUGAAAAUAUUUUUGCACUAUCUUGAAAAACCAUACUAGUUUUGUUUUCUUGCAAAAUAAAACAGCGUCCUGAGCAAAGUGAUUGUGGGGAUGUCAGAAAUUUUGUGAACAGGAAGCUCUGGAGUAAUGAUUGUAACCAGGUAUGGUUUUUUUUGAUUUUUUCUUCACUAAGGGGAUAUUUGCUAUUUCCAGCUGCCCUUGUACUGUGGAAGGUGCAGCUGGAACAAGCCAGUCCUUGUCCAUAAAGUACUGUAAUACUGUCAAUAAAUUCAAGGACUGGCUAUUGAAUGACUUUUUUUUUUUCCUUUUUUUUUGUAUUUUCUUUUCUAUUUUGUCUGACACUUGUACAGCUGUAUGAUAUGACUGCUGUAUUCCAUGGGCUUGCUUGUAGAGUUGAGACUGCACAUCUGCUUCGUUCGUGUCUGUGGUGUACUACGGUAGUGCUCUCCUAAACUUCACGCUAUUUGUCACAGCUCUGAGUUGUUGUACGUGCCAUCGUUACGAGAACUGUUAGUACAGUCUUUAAUAAACUCUUUUAGCAGCAUCUGGAGUUGUCUGUUGAAGUAUAACUGUGAUUGGGCUUGCCAAAUCAUGUAGGUUAGAAUUGCUACUUGCAACUUUGCAAAUUACUCUCAUGUAGUACGUAGGCUUUUCCUUAGUACUGUAGAUGCCCAGCACAGUGUAUGAGUCAGGUAAUUCCCUCUUACUCUGUGGUAGAGUACCUCUGUCUUUGAUGUCUUUUCCUGGAGUUCUUGGCUUCUGAUAGAGCACUGAGACAGAAAAACAUAGAGAAUUAGCAUACUUCCUUUUGUUUGCCUAUCUUGCCUUUGAGUUUCCUUUGUAUUCAGGUAUUGCCUCCUGCUGGUGCUAAAUGGAAGCCUCGGGCAGGCAGUAGGGUACCUUACCAAUAACACGUGAAGAAAAAUAAUUGUAUACCAAAAUGGAUUGACAGCUUUCAGUCUGAUGAGCAUUAAUACUAUGUAGAUGAUGUUGAUGAGAUGAAAGAAUAAACCUUCUUGUUGUCAAGUAAA